AUGACGAACAACAACCCUUCGUGUCGCCGGCUUGUGGAGACCCUAUGUCCUGAGAUCAUGACCAGCGAAUCCGCGCAAGCUUCUGGUCUAACGGAAGUGGGUCUGGCGGACGCUGCGGUGCGUCAAGAUGUGGACCCGGAGGAAGGCCCAGCCCCUGCUGUGGAUGCUUCACUCAGCACCGCGGCAAACGUCAGUAGCGCAGUGACGGUUGUGGUCGUGGAGCAGGAUGAUAAUCUAAAUUAUGAUGGCUCUUCGAAGGCUGAGGCCAAGGCAAAGACCUUACUAUUCAGAAUAUUUCGACAUCGUAGUAUUUAG